AGUCGUUCACCCUUAAGUAUAUAAUAAUAGCCAUUAAUCAAGAGAAGAAAAAUUAAAUAUAAAUAUUUGUUAUAUCAUAGCAGUUAUAUCAAUUACAUCUGUAAUAUUUAAUUACUUCAGAGUGUUGUUUUCGGUAGUUUGUAUCCGUUUGUAUCUGUAAGGGAUUGCUGAAAGUAAGUAUAAACAUUUAAGGAAUGACUCACUAUCAAUAGGGACGCUCACUGUUUUGUGGUCUCGCUGAUGCAGCUGAUAUCCAUGGUGAUAUUGUCAAUGACAUCAACAUCAACGUGAAAUCCACAGAAAAUGCAAACAGUGGUACGGGAGACUCACAGCUCGCGACGAAUGUAUUUUAAUGAGUAAUCAAUUUUGAGAAAUAGGGAAACAGAGAACCAUUAACACAAUUAUUGACAAAAAGCUUCACAAUCACAUUACUCUUUGUUUUGUUAUGGGUAGAAUGGGUGGGUGCAAACUCACAGGGAAUGUAGAAACACAGUGGUAUUGAGCCCACUGUGGACAUGUAACUAGUUUCUGAUUUUGUGCGUGUUGUCAAUUCAUUUACGCCGUUGUGAAAAUGCACGACAUGUACCGGAUGACCUGUCAGUCAAUGCUGGCCUGAGCGGGACAUCUGAUACAGCUGCAUAGAAGCUCCACCUGCCUUGUCACCUGCCCCAUGCUGGGAUCAUGAUGGGGAUGAAGAAGCAAAGAUAGCGAAGAUCAUAUAGAGUGUCAGGAUAUUCUUCAUAGAAGAGAUGAAUGUGGACAAAAAUAUGACUGACACUACCACAGCCGAUGCAAAGAAACAUUCACCAACGUAUGGAUUGAAAGAUCUGUGGGAUGAAUUUAGUCACUCCACAGGCAUUCAUGCAGUUGAAAAGAUUAAAGCCCCUUCUAUCAACCCAUUCAGCGUUCGUGGGUUGAUGUGGACGUUAGCUAUAUGUACAACUACAGCGUUCCUCAUCUAUAACCUUAUCGAGGAGUUAGGGAACUACUACAGCUACCCCAUUGUCACCAAGGUCACAUCCAACAUCAAGCAUUUCAUCGAGUUCCCCGCCGUCACCAUCUGCAACCGAUGCACACUCAACAAAACUCGUCUUGACGUUUACCCAGAAAUGGAGAGCUACUUCGCCAAUACUUCUCUUCAACGGAAUAAAAAUUUCACAUUUCCUACACCAACUUCAGAUGUCUUUCAGAAUCCAUUGUCUUUAGAAUGGUGGAGGAAUAUGUCAAUGGAAGGAUCAAAGAUGUUGGUUCAAUGUGCCUUUGGUGGAGACAACUUUGAUUGCAUGACCGAGUUCCGACCUGUUUUCACUACCCAAGGAUUGUGCCAUUCCUACAACUUCAAUGUCACUGAAAUUGUCAAAGUUUGGACGGCAGGAGACGACGCUAACCUGAUCGUCUCUUUCAACAUCCACCAGGAUGACUACACAUUCAGGGCUAACAUGGCCGCGGGGAUUAAGGUGCUACUCCAUAAUCCACGCCUACACCCAGAAGCUGAUCCCACUGUUGUGAUGGCCUCACCCGGAUUCUCAACAUAUGUUGCCUUGCAAAAAAAGGAGUAUAGUUUCCUGCCCGGUCCCUACAAGGCAUUUGAUGACAUGGAAUGUGUGGACACAAAUAGUGCCGAGUUUGUGAACCCUCUCAAGUACUACUCCCCCUUCACCUACGAACAUUGCUUCAUGGAGUGUGUCCGGAUAAAGGCUUUCGAUGAGUGUGGAUGUGUCGGUCCAUCUGAUCCACAGGAUCUUCCCAGGUGCUCUCUGGUGAAGCAGGAUAGCUGUUACACGACCUUUGUCAGAGAAAUGUCCAAGAAUGGUACCUUCGUGAAGGAAUGUGGGUGCGUCGGUGAAUGCACGCUCAUCAGGUACACUGCCCAGGUGUCCUCCAGCUCCUUCCCAGCAAACAUCUGGGUCAACACCUUCCUCAACUCUACAGAGACUCGGGACAGGGCGACCAUGGUAGAAAACUUCCUGGAGCUUAGAGUGUUUUACGACAAUAUGAUGGUGACAUCCACAGCACAGCAACCUCAAUAUACGGUGGCCUCGCUGUUUUCUAAUAUCGGGGGACAGAUGGGAUUGUGCCUCGGAGCCAGCAAUUUGACAAUCAUGGAGAUCACGGAGCUCUUGGUGUUCAUCAUCCUCUUCCUCUGUGACAAGUGUAGAGGAAGAAAAGCCCGUAACAGAAUCAACACCUGGUAGACAACACAACUGACAAGACGAUAGCAAUUCCAUUAUUGCUUUUCACAAAUGUUAGACAGUGCAAAUAGGAAGAAGUAUUUCCUGUGACUGUCGUAACACAACUUUAUACAUAAUGUAAACUUAUAUCAAUAAAUGUUGUUAUAAACCAGAGAAAGUGCUUCUCCUCGGAUUCGGUUGAAAAUGUAUGGGGUUGGAAUAUCGAAUCAUGAAAAAACCAUAUAUUUUAUCAUAUUAUUAUUAUAAUUCAUUAUAGCUGUUAUUACCCUUGUUU